AUGAAUGACGAUUUAGAUGUUGAAGCCAUGCUAGAAGCUCCCUUCCAGAAGGGCAAAGAAUCUUCUGAACAUAAUGGAAAAAAUGAAAAAGAUCAUAAAUUAGAGUUAAAAAACGAUGAAAGACGUCGUCACAGAAGUUCUUCACGUACUUCAAGUCAUCGUCAUAGAUCACAUUCUAGAUCUCGUCGCUCACAUAGAUCAAGAUCAAGAGAUAAACAUAGACGGCGAAGAAGUAGAUCUAAAUCUCGUGAAAAAAGAAAAAGAAGCCGAACAAAAUCUAGAGAUAGGGAAAUUAGAAGAAGUCGUUCACGUAGAAGAAGUCGUAGUGGUAAUCGUAGAAGAAGAUCACCUACACCUCCUUUAGAUGAAGAAGAACGUGAUAAACGCACAGUAUUUGUUAUGCAAUUAGCAGCACGACUUAGAACUAGAGAACUUGCAGAUUUUUUUGCAGAGGCUGGAAAAGUUCGAGAUGCUAAAAUAAUCGCUGAUAGAAUAUCUAGGAGAUCAAAAGGUGUUGGGUAUGUUGAAUUUUAUGAUGAAGAAUCUGUCCCAAAAGCUUUAGCUAUGACAAAUAAAAGACUUUUAGGCAUCCCAGUAAUAGUACAGCUUACAGAAGCAGAAAAAAAUCGACAAGCAAGAUUAGCAGAGCAAGCUGCUUCACAUGCAACUGAUAUUGCAUAUCAUAGAUUAUAUGUAGGGUCAGUUCAUUUUAAUCUGACCGAAGAUGAUUUAAGACAAGUUUUUGAACCAUUUGGUCCAUUAGAAUUUGUUAAUCUUCAUAAAGAUCCCGAGACUGGUCGAUCUAGAGGCUUUGCUUUUAUUCAGUACAAGAAUGCUGAAGAUGCUAGACAAGCUUUAGAGAAAAUGAACGGCUUUGAAUUGGCUGGAAGGACCAUCAAAGUAGGUCUUGUCACUGACAAAAGCAAUGGAAUGAAUCUAAAUCUUGAUGAUGGUGCACUAAACCCACAAUCUCGAGUAGAAUUAAUGCAAAAAUUAGCUCGUGAUACAGAUUUAAUUGCACCUGCAUCUGCUCCUACACAAUCAGAACCACCAAGGCCUGUUCAACCAAGAGUCAAUCCUACACGGUGUGUACUAUUAAAAAAUAUGUUUAAUCCUGAUGAAGAAACUGAAUCAAAUUGGGCAGAAGAAUUGGAAGAGGAUGUGAAAAGCGAAUGCUUAAAAUAUGGGAAUGUUGUUCAUAUUGGAAUUGAUAAAGAAUCAGAUGGAGAUGUUUACAUGAAAUUUGAUACUGUUGAAUCUGCUCAAAAAGCAUUAAAUGGUUUAAAUGGUCGAUGGUUUGGUGGAAACCAAAUCUCGGCUGUUUUUAUUCUUGAUAUGUUUUAUAAUAUACAACAUAUGGGAUAA